AUGGCUAAUCCUGUCAUCUGUAAUUUAUCCGAAUUGGCUUCUCCCUCACGCUCACACACCACGCACACACUCACACACUCCGCUGGCAUCGCCACUCCGCCGAGGUGCCGCUUCGAGCUCGCCGCCACCCGCCCGCUUCGCUGGAAGCCGCUCCCGCGCCCAGCCGCCCACCGUGCCGGCCCGCCGCACCGGAAGCCGCCACGCCCAUGCCUGCCAGCCGCCCGCUCUCCCACCCGCCGAGCACGCCCGCCCCCACGCCCCACGCCCCGCGCCCCGGCAGGCCGGCUAGGUGCCCCCGUGCCUCCUCUUCUGGAGGAGGAGGAGAAGGGGAAGGGGAAGGGGAAGGGGAAGGGAGAGGAUAAGAAGGAGGGGAGGAGCAGCACCGCGCCUAGCCCCGUCCACAUCUCCGCCAGGCGCGACCAGGUCCCGUCCAAGUCGCCGCCCUGCAUCGACGCCUCCGCCAGCACCUGGAGGCCGCAGAUCCGCACGGAGCACCAUGCAAUGCUCCACUCGAAUUCUGCCCCCAACCCUUCAAGGCAAUUGGGGAUCUGCACGUUGCUGGCUCAAAGUUUCUGGAUGUCGGAGACGCUAUUGGAGUUCAUGUCUGAUCUGGUUCUGACAAGAUGGCAAUUACUGGUUCGAUGCUUUUGUUUCCUAGUAUUCUGUUCUAAGUCGCUCUGGGCACACCAGUAUGCCGUGACACUUACUGUAGGAUUAGUAGAUCCCCUCUCCUCACGUUCUGAGCGCCAAUGCUGCGAAUUGACUUUCCUUGACCAAGAUUGGUACAAGCUGGUGAUGUAACUGGAACCUAGAGAAGCCGGUCUUUUACGCACCUUGCAUUCACGCCUGUUGUUCGGCAGAUGCUGCCGUGAUGCAGCCUGCCACUGAGCUCUGUUUACAUCCUGCUGCUUUCGGUUGAUGUCACUAUGUCAUUUUAUCAGUUUCUGUUCAUGUUUAAGCCUAGAUUUUCA